GAUCAUCCUUUCAUAAAGAUGUCGAAGCGAGGAAGGGGAGGUUCUGCGGGUAACAAAUUUCGAAUGUCACUGGGUCUGCCAGUGGCGGCGACGGUGAACUGUGCUGAUAACACCGGAGCAAAGAACCUUUACAUAAUAUCCGUAAAGGGAAUCAAGGGACGUUUGAAUCGGUUGCCUUCAGCAUGUGUUGGAGAUAUGGUGAUGGCUACUGUGAAGAAAGGAAAACCUGAUCUUCGUAAGAAAGUGAUGCCUGCUGUAAUCGUCAGACAACGCAAGCCAUGGCGCCGAAAGGAUGGCGUCUUCAUGUACUUUGAAGAUAAUGCUGGCGUUAUUGUCAACCCAAAAGGAGAAAUGAAAGGGUCUGCAAUCACUGGACCGAUUGGGAAAGAAUGUGCUGAUCUGUGGCCAAGAAUUGCUAGUGCAGCAAAUGCAAUAGUCUAAGAAUUUUCUUAUUCUUCACAAAAUCAAAUUUGUAAAACAUGAGCUGCCUGAGUUUUUUUUGGUUCUGUUUGUUAUAUACUUUUAGUUGACUUUUAUAUUCCAUUGGAAGGUGAUGAUAUGCUUAAAAUGCUUGAUUGUCUUAUGAUAUUUUGUCCAUUUUGUUAAAAAGCAGUGUAUUUAAAUUAUUUACCAAAUAAGUGUAUUUCAUAUUUAAAAUUAAGUUAAUUAAAAAAAUUGACCAUGACCUUCUUGUCUUCCCUCAACCUACGCCUUCAUUCUGUCACCUAUGCUUUUGCAGUUCUUCUCCUUCAUGCCUUCUCCU